AGCGUAUAGUUGCUUGUGUCAUCGGACAUAAUAAAAAUCCGCUGGAAAAAAAAUUUCAAUUUUCGUUCGUAUCGUUAUCUUUUGUUUGAAUACGAGCCGCACGCCUGAGACUUGAUAUUCUUAUCAACGAGGAGAGUUAUUAUCGGUUUCCGCGCGUAUAUUUUACGUACCGCGCACGAUACAACAAUUUUAUCCUCCCCGCGUAUAGCAGUGAUGAGGCAAUUAAUUCGCGUGGCAACGAUUGAAGCCUGCAUUAAUUUUCAAUUGAUCGGCCGGACAUUAAUCGCUGGUUUAUUAAUUAGCUACCGAGAUCCAAGGAUAACGGGGGCGAACCGGAGGAGCGUCAUCCUUGAAGUUUCAGCGUAGGUACUCUCAGCCCUCGCCAUGCAUGGAUUGUGAACUUCCAUUUCCGAUACGGGAGUCUGUGAAACUAGGCGCGACGCAGAACGAAACUCCCACAAUGUGAACAAACGAACGCAAAUGCCCAACAAGGCACGGCCUCGUCCAGAGUGGUCUCCUCAAUCCCCCAUAGAUGUCUUGUGGAUGCCCCGCUCCGCCAUGAGGCCGGCCGAGGGUGACGCGUCGGAUUGCAUUUUGGUGGUCGGCGUAUCCAGAUCGAAGAUGGCCGUCGCUUUUCUAUCAGUCGCCCUGCUGUCUCUCUUUCUCACCUUCCACAUACUCUACGACAGCGCCGUUUACAGCCUCCACGCGGUUUCCGCCGUCGAAGGGCGCACGGUCGAGCUGGUCUCUCAGGUACGCGCGACGCCGCCUCUCCUCUUCGCCAACUCCAAGGUACACUUCCCGCGCACGAAUCGCCAUCUUCCCCAGGCCAUCAUAAUCGGCGUACGCAAGUGCGGCACGAGGGCGUUGCUGGAGAUGCUGUUCUUGCACCCGCAGAUACAGAAGGCGGCCGGCGAGGUCCAUUUCUUCGACCGUGACGACAACUAUGGGAAGGGUCUGGAAUGGUACCGCCGUAAAAUGCCCUACUCCUUCAAGGGUCAGAUCACCAUCGAGAAGAGCCCCAGUUACUUCGUGACGCCCGAGGUGCCCGAGAGGAUCCGCGCGAUGAACGGCAGUGUCAAGCUGCUGCUGAUCGUGCGGGAACCGGUCACCCGCGCGAUAUCGGAUUACACGCAAUUGCGCACGCACGCCGCGACCGCGUCCACGCUGACCAACGGCACGCCGCAGCAGCAGCAACAGCAGCAGCAGCAGCAGCAGCAAGUGGCGCGUACAUUCGAGGAGCUCGUUAUGCGACCCGACGGUACCAUCAACGAAUCCUAUAGACCGGUCGCCAUCUCCCUCUAUCACACCUAUAUGCACCGUUGGCUGGAAGUGUUCCCCAGGGAGCAGAUUCUCAUAGUAAACGGCGAUCAAUUGAUCGAGGAUCCGGUGCCGCAGCUGCGCCGAAUCGAGAACUUCCUCGGGCUGGAGCCGCGCAUCGGUCGGCACAACUUCUACUUCAACCACACCAAGGGCUUCUACUGCCUGAGAAACGAGACUUCGGAGAAGUGUCUGAAGGAGAGCAAGGGGAGACGUCAUCCGCGCGUCAGUCCGUUGGUCGUGACGAAGCUGAGGAAGUUCUUCAACGAGCACAAUCAACGCUUCUACGAACUCGUCGGCGAGGAUCUCGGCUGGCCGGAGGAAUAACCAUCGUGGAAAGUCCCGACUCGUUCGUUACGCGACGCGAGUCGCGCGUGCAUCCAGCGGCGGGCAUGAUCAGAAAUCAAAUACCUCCUUGUCGUCCUCCGCCGGGGAAGAAAUAUCGCAGCACCGAGAGCAUGCAAUUAACCCGCGGGUCGAAGAAACUGGCGUCGUCGACGGAGACUCUUCGAGAUUACGCUCCUCUCGACCAGGCGAUAUUCUUCGGGGAGCACCGACAAGGAUAAGUAAUUUAUUAUUGAUUAUCAAUUCCUUUGUUCUCGGUAAAGAGGUAUAAUACGCUGAUGUUUCACGAUGAAAGUACCGGCGUCGUUGUUAAUGGAUGCAUGCGAGAUCAGCGUCUUGUUAUUACAUUAUCAAACAUGCAAGCGUAUAAACAAAACACACACACACACACACACGCAUACAUACACACAAAAGUUACAAUAACGCCGGCCAAAAUAAAAUAGAGACGCGGAUCUGCGAGACGAGCGCGAUCGCCUCGUGGAUUCACGCGGCAUGCGGAUCACAUUGGUCCGUGACUUUACAUAUCAAUUUUACAUAUCGAUAGUUUACAUAUCAAUAGGUUAACUAGUUCGUACGACAAAGAUUGAAUAUUUUUAUAAUCCACAUUGGAAGUUGUUAUAUCGCUUAUGUCGUUAAGGAUAUUACGUAACGCGAAGGACUCUCUCGCGCGCGAUCAUGAAGAUCGAGAGGGUUUUAUUUACUGCGCCCCGCGCAUGCACGAUCCACGUAUAGGCACGGGUGGAGUACGUAUAUAUAAUUAGGCCAGUUCCGCUUUUUUUGUUUCGGGGAGAAACAACCGUGAGAGAGAAAGCCAAAACAAAAUAUUUUCCUUUCUCCCCCCCCCCCCUCC